AUGUCAGCUGUAAAUGACACGAAACUCAAAUCUGCAAUGUUCCUUCUCACCGGGAUACCUGGGCAGGAAGACGUCCAUCUCUGGAUCUCCAUCCCCUUCUGCUUCAUUUAUGUUUUUUCAAUAUUGGGAAAUUCAACCAUUCUGUUCAUUAUAAAAACAGAUCGAAGCCUCCAUGAGCCCAUGUACAUUUUCCUUUCCAUGUUGGCCGUCACAGACCUUGGCAUAUCGAUAUCCACCAUACCGACAAUACUGGGCAUAUAUUUGUUUAACUCUAGUGAGAUCAGCCUCAAUUCCUGUUUUGCCCAGCUGUUCUUCAUCCACUCAUUUGUAUUCACGGAAUCCUCCAUACUCUUGUUUAUGGCAUUUGACCGCUUUGUCGCGAUCUCUAACCCACUGAAAUAUACUUCCAUCUUAACUCUGCCAAGAAUAUCCAAGAUGGGACUGGUGUGUGUGCUAAGGGGGGUGGCCGUAUCAUUCCCAUUCCCCUUUCUUCUGAAACGGUUCCAAUACUGUCGAGCCAAUGUCCUCUCCCAUUCCUACUGCCUGCACCAGGAUGUCAUGAAUCUGGCUUGUUCAGACAUGACAGUCAACUACAUCUAUGGCUUGUUUCUUACAGUCUUCACGGUGGGAUUGGAUUCACUGCUCAUCUUCCUCUCUUAUGUGAUGAUCCUCAAAACUGUGCUGAGUGUUGCAUCACACACGGAGUGCCUCAGGGCCCUGAACACCUGCGUCUCCCACCUCUGCGCUGUCCUGCUCUUCUACAUACCAGAUAUUGGCUUGGCUUUGAUACACAGAUUGGGAAAGGGCUCUUCUCCCUUACUACAGAUUGUCCUGGGCUACAUCUUUCUCCUCGCCCCACCCCUGAUGAACCCAAUCGUGUACAGCAUGAAAAGCAAA